AUGGACUUUAAUUCCAUAGGCCCAACUAGGCCCAAUCGUAUCAAUGCGACUGACGAUAAUUCGCGCUAUUUUCCGGCGACGUUGUUUACUCUGCUCUCCCUCGCCACCGCCGUUUCACUCCAUCGUUAUAAUCUAGACAUGCCAGCGAUGGGUAUUGACGAAAUGGACAUUGAGGAGCUUGAAGCUGCUGCGGAGAUCGAUCUCUCUGAGAUAGGAGAGCCUUUUCUCCAGAAUUUCUGCAAAAAGGCUGCGACUUCCUUCUUCGAUCAGUAUGGGCUUGUAAGCCAUCAGAUCAACUCCUACAAUUUCUUCAUCCAGCACGGGCUUCAGAGACUGUUUCAAUCCUUGGGCGAGAUGCUGGUGGAGCCGUCUUUUGAUCCGACAAAGAACAAGGAUCACGAGUGGAGAUACGCGAGCGUCAAGUUCGGAGAAGUCACCAUAGAGAAGCCCUCGUUCUUCUCAGACGAGAAGGAGCUUGAGGUUCUCCCAUGGCAUGCAAGGCUUCAAAACAUGACUUACUCAGCUCGGAUGACUGUUAACGUCGAAGUUGAGGUGUUCAUACAAAAAGUGGUGAAGAGAGACAAGUUCAAGACAGGAAAAGACGAAUUUGUGGAGAAGGAGAUACUACACAAGAAGAAUCAGAGCAUUCCGAUUGGUAGGCUACCUGUGAUGGUGAAAUCAGUACUUUGCAAUACAGAGGAGAAAGGCAAGAAAGGGGAAAACCAGAAGAAGGGUGAUUGUGCAUUCGAUCAAGGUGGCUACUUUGUGAUUAAGGGAGCUGAGAAGGUCUUUAUUGCUCAAGAACAGAUAUGCACAAAGAGACUAUGGAUCUCUACUUCACCAUGGACAGUCUCCUACAGGUCCGAGAACAAAAGAAACAGAUUCAUUGUGCGUCUCUCAGAGGAGCAGAAAUCAGAAGAAUACAAGAUAAGGGAGAAAGUACUGACAGUGUACUUCUUGUCGACUGAGAUCCCAGUCUGGAUCCUGUUCUUUGCGUUGGGAGUUUCGUCAGACAAAGAGGCGAUCGAUCUGAUUGCAUUUGAUGGUGAUGAUGCAAGCGUUACCAACAGCCUCAUAGCUUCAAUCCACGAAGCUGAUGCACUUUGUGAAGCUUUUCGCUAUAGGAGCAAUGCCGUAGCGUUUGUUGAGCAGCAAAUAAAGAGCACUAAGUUCCCAUCUAGCGAGAGUGUGGAGGACUGCCUAAAUCUGUACUUGUUUCCCGGCCUCAAAGGAUUGAAGCAGAAAGCAAGAUUCCUGGGCUACAUGGUGAAGUGCCUUUUCAAGGCAUUUGCUGGGAAAAGAAAACCUGAGAAUAGAGACAGCUUCAGGAAUAAGAGGAUUGAGCUCGCUGGAGAGCUGUUGGAGAGGGAGAUGAGGGUGCAUCUGGCACAUGCUAGAAGAGCAAUGACCAAGGCCAUGCAGAGACACCUCACGGGAGAUGGCGAUUUGAAGCCUAUCGAGCACUAUAUGGAUGCAUCCAUCAUCACAAAUGGGCUUAGUAGAGCCUUCUCCACUGGAGCAUGGUGUCAUCCUUUCAGGAAGAUGGAAAGGGUUUCAGGUGUUGUAGCUAAUCUCGGUCGAGCAAAUCCAUUGCAGACUCUGAUUGAUCUGAGGAGAACGCGACAGCAAGUUCUGUAUACCGGAAAGGUUGGAGAUGCUAGAUAUCCGCAUCCCUCUCACUGGGGCCGAGUAUGCUUUUUGUCAACUCCAGAUGGUGAAAACUGUGGCCUUGUGAAGAACAUGUCUCUCCUUGGGCUGGUUAGUACUGAAAUUUUGGAGCCUGUGGUGGAAAAAUUAUUUGCUUGUGGAAUGGAAGAGCUGGUGGACGAUACCAUCACACCACUGUGUGGGAAACAUAAAGUUCUUGUCAAUGGAGACUGGGUUGGAGUAGUUUCAGAUCCUGAAUUCUUUGUUGAGGAGGUAAAAGGCAGGCGGCGUCAAAGUGAAUUACCUCGUCAGAUGGAAAUCAAGCGAGAUAAAGGUGAAAAUGAGGUGAGGAUAUUCACUGACGCUGGUAGACUUCUCCGACCUCUCUUGGUUGUGGAGAAUCUCCACAAGUUGAGGCAAGAAAAACCUGCACAGUAUUCCUUCGAAAGUCUUCUUAACCAAGGGAUUCUCGAGAUGAUUGGGGUUGAGGAAGAAGAAGACUGUACCACAGCAUGGGGAAUCAAACAGCUUCUGAAGGAACCUAAGAAUUACACUCACUGUGAACUGGACAUGUCCUUCCUGUUGGGUGUGAGCUGUGCAAUUGUCCCAUUUGCAAACCAUGAUCAUGGGAGGAGAGUUCUUUACCAGUCACAGAAGCAUUGCCAACAAGCAAUUGGGUUCUCAUCAACAAAUCCUAACACCCGCUGUGAUACGCUAUCCCAGCAGCUGUUCUAUCCCCAGAAGCCACUUUUCAAGACGUUGGCGUCUGAAUGUUUACAGAAAGAAGUGAUCUUUAAUGGCCAGAGCGCCAUAGUGGCCGUGAAUGUUCAUCUUGGGUACAACCAAGAGGAUUCAAUCGUAAUGAACAAGGCUUCACUGGAACGCGGUAUGUUCCGCUCGGAGCAGAUCAGGAGCUACAAAGCAGAUGUUGACAGCAGGGACUCGGAGAAGAGGAAGAAGAUGGAUGAGUUGGUCCAGUUUGGAAAGACUCACAGCAAAAUUGGAAGAGUAGACAGCCUUGAUGACGAGGGGUUACCUUUUAUUGGUGCUAAUAUGCACAGUGGCGAUAUUGUCAUCGGCAGAUGUACGGAUUCCGGGGCUGAUCACAGUGUGAAACUCAAGCACACUGAGAGAGGGAUUGUGCAAAAAGUGGUACUGACAUCUAAUGACGAUGGGAAGAACUUUGCUACAGUUUCUCUAAGACAGGUUCGUUCUCCGUGUCUUGGAGAUAAAUUUUCCAGUAUGCAUGGGCAGAAGGGUGUUUUAGGCUAUAUAGAAGAACAGGAGAAUUUUCCUUUCACGAUUCAAGGCAUAGUUCCUGAUAUUGUGAUAAACCCGCACGCUUUCCCUUCUAGACAAACACCUGGUCAACUCUUGGAGGCAGCUCUCUCCAAAGGAAUAGCUUGUCCUAUCCAGAAGAAGAAGGGCAGCUCUGAUGCAUACAGAAAAUUGUCACGUCAUGCCACUCCUUUCUCCACUCCCAGUGUCGGCGAAAUAACUGACCAGCUUCACAGGGCUGGCUUUUCAAGAUGGGGAAACGAAAGGGUCUACAACGGAAGAUCAGGAGAGAUGAUGCGUUCACUCAUCUUCAUGGGCCCAACUUUCUACCAGAGACUUGUCCACAUGUCAGAGGACAAGGUCAAAUUCAGAAACACCGGACCAGUCCACCCGCUCACACGCCAGCCAGUUGCAGACAGAAAGCGGUUCGGCGGGAUCAAGUUCGGAGAGAUGGAGCGAGACUGCCUUAUAGCACACGGUGCUUCUGCUAAUCUCCACGAGCGUCUCUUCACGCUGAGUGACUCUUCGCUUAUGCACGUCUGCAGAAAAUGUCAGAACAUGGCGAAUGUGAUCGAGAGGACUGCUACCAGCGGGAGAAAGAUCAGAGGGCCUUACUGUAGAGUAUGCUCAUCUCCGGACCAUGUGGUUAAGGUUUAUGUGCCCUAUGGUGCUAAGCUGCUGUGCCAGGAGCUAUUUAGUAUGGGCAUCACUCUCAACUUCGACACCAGACUCUGCUGA